AUGUGCUGUGCUGUGCUGUGCUGUGCUGUGCUGUGCAGACCAAGGCUGUCCUGUGCUGUAGCUGUGCCAGGCCAGGCCAGUGCCUGUGCUGUGCUGUGCUGUGCUGUGCCAGGCGCCAGGCCAGGCGGGCCAGCUGCCAGCCAGGCUGUGCACUGUGCCAAGGGCCAGGCCAGGGGUUCUGUGCUGAUGGAAGUGCUGUGCCAGCUGUGCUUGCCAGUGCCAGUGCCAGGUGUCUGUGCAGUGCCAGUGCUGUGCUGUGCCAGUGCCAGUGCUGUGCCAGCCAGUGCCAGUGCUGUGCUGUGCCAGUGCCAGUGCUGUGCUGUGCCAGUGCUGUGCAGUGCCAGUGCCAUGCCAGUGCCAGUGCCAGUGCUGUGCCAGUGCCAGUGCUGUGUGCCAGUGCCAGUGCUGUGCUGUGCCAGUGCCAGGCCAGUUGUGCCAGUGCUGUGCUGUGCUGUGCUGUGCUGUGCUGUGCUGUGUGCUGUGCUGUGCUGUGCCAGUGCCAGGCCAGUGCCAGGCCAGGCCAGUGCCAGUCAGCUGUGCCAGUGCCAGUGCCAGUGCCAGGCCAGUGCUGUGCCAGGCCAGGCCAGCCAGUGCCAGCCAGGCCAGUGCCAGGCCAGUGCCAGUGCCAGUGCCAGUGCCAGUGCCAGUGCCAGUGCCAGUCAGCCAGUGCCAGUGCCAGUGCCAGGCCAGGCGGUGCCAGGCCAGUGCCAGGCCAGUGCCAGUGCCAGGCCAGGCCAGGCCAGGUGCCAGUGCCAGGCCAGUGCCAGGCCAGUGCCAGGCCAGCUGUGCUGUGCUAGUGCUGUGCUGUGCUGUGCUGUGCCAGUGCUGUGCCAGGCCAGUGCCAGUGCCAGGCCAGUGCCAGUGCUGUGCCAGUGCUGUGCCAGGCCAGUGCCAGGCCAGGCCAGGCCAGUGGGUGCCAGGCCAGUGCCAGGCCAGUGCCAGUGCCAGGCCAGUGCCAGGCCAGUGCCAGUGCCAGUGCUGUGCCAGUGCCAGUGCCAGUGCCAGUGCCAGUGCCAGUGCCAGUGCCAGUGCCAGUGCCAGUGCUGUGCUGUCAGCUGUGCCAGUGCCAGUGCCAGUGCCAGUGCCAGUGCUGUGCCAGGCCAGUGCCAGUGCCAGUGCUGUGCUGUGCUGUGCCAGUGCCAGUGCCAGUGCCAGGCUGUGCCAGUGCUGUGCCAGUGCCAGUGCCAGUGCCAGUGCUGUGCCAGUGCCAGUGCCAGUGCCAGUGCUGUGCCAGUGCCAGUGCUGUGCCAGUGCUGUGCUGUGCUGUGCUGUGCUGUGCUGUGCCAGUGCCCAGCCAGUGCCAAGUGCUGUGCCAGUGCCAGUGCCAGUGCUGUGCCAGUGCCAGUGCUGUGCCAGUGCCAGUGCCAGUGCU